CAUUGUGGUUAAGUUUAAAAUGUGAUUUUAUGACUUUGUGGCUGUGUCGGAUAGUGACCACWCUGCAGAGCUGCCCCCAGAACAAGAUUAWUGACGAAAAACGCUAACAGGAAACUACUUCUGUUGAGAUUAAGUGUUUUAUAGACGCGUCAACCAGCUAGGUGUUCUAACAAGCAAAGCAGCAUAUUCGUUUCACCAUCUGAAACAGACUUUGGAAAAAAAGUGCGUGCCUGGAAAUGAGAGUAUUGCACAAGGCAAAGCGUGUAUUAACAUGUGCAGGAUGUGCCUCUGUGCUGCUCUUCAUAGCCUACWUCAUACCUACAUCAAUAAGGUACUUGGAGGGCUUAAUCCCCAUGAACCGAUGUCAUCUAGCCCCUGGAGAGAAGCUGAAGCUGGGGAAUAGUAUAGAUGCUUCCCUAGACCUUUGGUCCAGAGGUGAUGUUCAGACCUGCACUGACUGGGGAGCCCCUGUGAUCUGGGAUGGGAUGUUUGACCCAGAUCAUUACGACCAGGAGCACAGGAGGAACCAUUCCUCUGUCUCUCUCACUGUAUUCGCUGUGGGCAGGUAUCUAGAUGCCUACCUGGAGGCAUUCCUUUUGUCCGCUGAGCGUCACUUUAUGGUGGCUUUACCUGUGACAUACUAUGUGUUUACGGAUGUUCCCGAGAGUGUACCAAACAUCCAGCUCGGUCCUGGGCGGAGCCUGAAAGUUGUGAGGGUGCAGAGACACUCUCGCUGGCAGGACAUCUCCAUGAUGCGUAUGAGGGCCAUUGCAGACGCCAUUGAGUCACAGAUUCGCCGAUACAGCCGCUACGUCUUCUGCUUUGACGUGGACCAGGUGUUUGUGGGUCGGUUCGGCUCCGAGGCUCUGGGAGACUCUGUGGCUCUGCUCCACGCCUACUACUACCACCGACCACAGAGCCUGUACACCUACGACRGCAACCCCAGGUCCAGGGCCUACAUGGAGACUGGGGACUUCUACUAUCAUGCUGCUGUGUUUGGAGGCUCGUGGCAGACAGUGAAAAAUAUGACGGAGACCUGUUACCAGACCAUCAUGGAGGACAAGGAGAACCAGGUGGAGGCUCUGUGGCAUGAUGAAAGUCACCUCAACAAGUACCUGUGGCUCCAUAAGCCCAGUAGAGUGCUGUCUCCUGAGUACUGCUGGAGCAGUGACAUUGGUUACCGUGGUGACAUACAUGUGACCCGCCUGCUCUGGGCAAAGAAAAAAUAUGACACACUCCGGAUUACAGAGUGAGCAAUCAAAACCUGUAUGCAAUAUUCUAAUGAGCAAAAGCCCCUGAAGCGUCAAACAGUUCAAAGUGCAGCGCUGCGAUGGUCUACAGCCUAGUAUGACUCACCUUGUGCAAGUCAAGAAUGUUUGUAAAUAUAACAAUGGGCCAUCAGCCUAUUGCACUGUGGAGUCUUUGGCUUGCGUGUUGAACCCGGAAUGACCAAGUAGUUCAUUUCCUGGUUCUCAUGUGUCACUGGCCAGAAUUUCCCUUGAAACCUUGUGGUUACUUAUUAGGAAUCUAACCUACUACCCUGGCGUUGCAAGCGCAAUGCUCAACUAACUGAGCCACACCAGAGAAGUGCAGUGACAAGUAGUCAGGAACUAAUGUGAUAUCUUUAGAAUUUAUU